AUGGCACCUAGCAACAACACACUGUUUGCUUUGUGUUCAGUUCUUGAGAAGGACAAGUUGAAUGGAACAAACUACACGGAUUGGAUCCGUAACCUGAGAAUUGUUCUCAGGGCUAAUAAAAAGGAAGAUGUUCUAGACACCCCAUUACCAGAAGAACCUGCUGAUGAUGCACCAGUUGCCAUUAAGAAUGCUUACAAGAAAGCAUGUGAUGCUAAUCUCGAAGCUUUUGUGGAAAGCAAGCUAGCAGAAGGCAUAGCAGUAGGGCCACACGUAAUCAAGAUGGUUGGUUAUGUUCAACGGUUGGAGAAGCUAGGCUUCCCACUGGGCCAAGAGUUGGCCACUGAUUUCAUUCUUUCAUCUCUUCCGCCUAGCUAUGGGAACUUCAUCUCGAACUACCAUAUGCAUAGGGCGGAGAAGGGUCUGAAUGAACUAUGCAGCAUGCUUAAAACAGCAGAGGGUGACAUUAAGAAAAGCGCUGGAAGCAGCCAUGUGAUGGCAAUACAGAACAAGCCUAGCUUUAAGAAGAAGGGCAAUUCUUGGAAGAAGAAGGGCAAGGCUGUGAAUUCUAAGCCAAACCCAGCGCCCAAGUCUAUGAUGAGCCAGUCAGACCUACCAUUAUCAUUUUGGGGAUACACUCUAGAAACAGCCGCUUUCACAUUGAAUAGGGUACCGUCUAAGUCUGUAGUUAAGACACCAUAUGAGAUGUGGACUGAUAAACUAACACCCAAGUCAGACAAAUGUUUUUUUGUGGGAUAUCCAAAGGAAACUUUAGGGUAUUACUUCUACAACCGAUCAGAGGGCAAAGUGUUUGUUGCUCGGAACGGUGUUUUCUUAGAGAAAGAGUUUCUCAAAAGAGAGAAAAGUGGACAGAAGGUGUAUCUUGAAGAAGUUCAAGAUGAGCCAGUUAGGAAGGCCUCUACGAGUGAUGCUAAUGUAGCAGAACAAGUUCAUAUACCCGUGGCAAUAGAAACACCACCACAACCACGAAGAUCAGCAAGGAUCCAUGAGUUGCGUGGGGAUUUGUUAUUGUUAGACGAUGACGAACCUGCUACUUAUGCAGAAGCAAUGAUGGACUCAGAUUCUGAGAAAUGGCAAAGUGAGGAGGAGCUCGUUGUAAAUGGUUACACCGAUGCUAGCUUCCAAACUGACACGGAUGAUUCACAGUCUCAAUCAGGUUUUGUGUUCACAAUAAAUGGUGGUGCUGCUAAGGAGCCAAGGAAUCACCAAAAGAACAAACAUGUACUGCGGAAAUUUCACCUUAUUCGAGAGUUCGUUAGACGAGAUGAAAUCAAGAUGUGCAAGAUACACAUAGAUUUGAAUGUUGCAGAUCCUUUGACAAAGGCUCUUCCACAGCCUAAGCAUGAGGCACACAUGAGAGCUAUGGGUAUUAGAUAUCUUCUAGACAGACUCUAG